AUGGUGAAACGAACUCAGAAUACAAAGUCAGCUGUAUCUAAUAAAAAAGCAAAUGAAAAAGAAAACUUGGAGCUGUUCGUACUGGUUCGUGAUGUUGUCACUGGUACACAUCAUGUAGUGCAACGAAGUCAAGUGACAACGUCGAAAAAGCUACAAAAGCUUGAACCUGGCGAUGAAAUAACCGUUGGACAACGGUCAUCUCGUGUUCGUGGAGUGAUUUUAAUGAUAGGGACAGAGAAUCAAUGUAAACAAUCGUUGGUGGUUAUUGAAAAAGCGAACUCAAAAGCUCAAACCAAUGAUGACAAUGAGAAAAAUGAUGAUGAAUCAUUAGAUGACGAGGGUGAAGAUACACCACAAGGUGUUACUAGAGAUGUUGAUGAUGAUAAUGAAAAUCAACCUCUGCAUUUUGACGAAGCAACACCAUUGAAAGAUAUCACUACAUCAAGGUCUUCCAAUCGUUCUCAAUCUUCUGUUUCAAAAAGUACAGACUCAACUGCUGGUUCACAAAAACGAAAGACAACAGACGACGGUGAAAAUGAUCCACCAUCGAAAUGCAGUAAAAUUGUAUACAAUAGAAGUGCAUCAACAAAAGCUCAAGAGAUACUGCAACGUAAAAUUGAUUCUAUCGAGGCUCAAAUUCUCGAAUAUCAGACGACAUGGAUGCCUCGUCCAACUGAUCAAGCAACAGUUCGGUAUAUGAUCGAUAUUGGUCGAGUACUUAGUGGUGAAGAACAUGUAGAUGCUGAUGAAAAAAGCGAGAUUUUACCAGGAGCUGCAUCCAAAUUAGAUGUAACUGAAAGUCAACUUGAGGCAUGUAAAGGAAAUAAUAUUCGAAUUACGGUUCGUCAAAUUAUGAGACUGAAGUUUCCAGAGCCAUCAUUAGGCUUUAAAUUUGCUGAUGUCAAUCCUGACUAUGUAACCCCAGCUCGUGAAUAUGCUCGUCUAGCCCAUCCAUAUGAAGAAAAAUUAUAUACAAAAGGUGAUCUUAACCAUUCGAUGGGCAAUUAUUUUGCUGCAAAAACACAGACACAAUUCAUAAUACUGUAA